AACCCCUACCCCUUCCAGUGCUCCAUUGAGGACCCCACCAAGCAGACCAAGUUCAAGGGCAUGAAGAGCUACAUUGCCUACAAGCUGGUGCCCAGCCAUACCGGGCAACAGGUGCACCGCCGCUACAAACACUUUGACUGGCUCUAUGGGCGCCUGGCCGAGAAGUUCCCUGUCAUCUCUGUGCCCCACUUGCCGGAGAAGCAGGCCACCGGCCGCUUUGAGGAGGACUUCAUCUCCAAACGUCGCAAAGGCCUGGCCUGGUGGAUGGACCACAUGUGCAGCCACCCCGUGCUGGCUCAGUGCGAUGCCUUCCAGCACUUCCUCACCUGUCCCAGCACAGACGAGAAGGCCUGGAAACAAGGCAAGCGCAAGGCUGAGAAGGAUGAGAUGGUGGGUGCCAAUUUUUUCCUGACCAUCAGUGUACCCACGGGCCCUGGGGCCAGCCUGGACUUGCAGGAGGCGGAAAGCCAGGUGGAUGGCUUCAAAGCCUUCACAAAGAAGAUGGAUGAGAGUGCCCUGCAGCUUAAUCACACAGCCAACGAGUUUGCCCGCAAACAAGUCACUGGUUUCAAGAAGGAAUACCAGAAGGUGGGGCACUCCUUUAAGUGCCUCAGUCAGGCGUUUGAGCUGGACCAGCAGGCCUUUUCAUCUGGCCUCAACCAAGCCAUAGCCUUCACUGCAGAAGCCUACGACACCAUUGGGGACCUCUUUGCAGAUCAGCCCCGGCAGGACCUAGAUCCCGUGAUGGAUUUGUUAGCGCUGUAUCAGGGGCAUUUGGCCAACUUUCCAGACAUCAUCCAUGUCCAGAAAGGUAACAUCCUUACGUGUUUUCUGAAAUUAUGA